AUGAGUUCUCAUUCUCUACCCGCUGAGAUCAAUCCAGACACGGAUUGCAGUCCUCCUGGAAAUGUCAAGAACGAUUUGGAUCAAAUCAGCCCGGAUUUCCUUGACGAUGGCACCAUCGAGGCCUUUGGUUAUACCCCAGUCUACCGGAGGGUAGUAGGCGCCCUUGUUGGCUUCUGCAUCGUUAUCUCCUUAACAUCUCCACUCGGCGCUAUCAUGGUUGCCGGUGUCUAUCCGAUCACGUACGCAGGAUACUGGGGGCUCUCAUGGGGCUGGCUCAUUCCAAAUAUAAUGAUGAUCCCGCAAGUCAUCGCGGUCGCUGAGCUCUGCUCAUCCAUGCCGGUGAACGGCGCUUUCUACUGGUGGGCUGCUGCGCUGGCACCCCGACGCGCAUCUCGACCUGUUGCCUUUAUCAUGGGCUGGCUCAAUGUUUUGUCCCUUGCAACGCACCUAGCGAGUUUCUCGUACGCUGUAGCAUCAAGCCUCGGCCAGACUAUCGGAUAUUUUGUGGAGGGCUUUGUGGCCACACGACCGCAGCUGAUGGGCAUGGCGAUGGGGACGGUCACGCUAUGGGCGAGCUUGAUGCUGCUCCGGCUAGAGAGAAUGACUCUUGUUAUAAUGACUACAGCCACCGUACUCCUCCUCUCAUGUAUCGCCUUUGUCGUUGCGCUUCCCGCGACCCAUGUUGCCCAUGGUCUACCAUUCGCAGAUGCAGCAGACGUGUUCGGUGACUUCACGAACUACUCUGAAUGGCCAGAGAACGGCUUCGCGGUAUUAAUUAGCUUCUCGGGUGCACUCUGGGUCAACUCUCUCUGGAUCGCUCCAGUAUACGUAGCGGAGGAGACCCAGAAAGCGAGAGUACGAGCGCCGAAAGCUAUAAUCCAGUCAUUUGGCUGCACGGCUAUCGUAGGUGCGAUCAUCUGUCUCGUCUUUGAUUUCUGCAUCUAUGAUAUGGACGCCACUGCACUCGACGAGACUGGGUUCCCCCUGUUCAACCUCAUCCGUCAACACUGGGACACCAAGGGAACUGCAGCUUUCCUGCUAAUCGGCAGUGUGUUCUCAUGCCUGGGCGGUAGCGGAAUGCUCCUGACCUACGCAACGCAGAUCGCCGCGUUCGCUCGAGAUGGCGGGCUCCCACUAAGCCGCUACCUUGUGCGCGUGCACCAUCGAACCAACAUGCCCCUUUUCGCGACCGCCCUCCUGGUCCUUGUAACCUACCUUCUCCUGCUCCUCUCACUAUCUGCAAAUGCAAGUGAUAUCGUUUACAGCAUGGCGACGCUCGCAAAUCUUCUCCUGUGGUGUGUCCCGAUAACACUUCGUCUCCUUGCGGGGGGUAAAUGGGUCCCUGGGCCGUUCCAUACCGGGAGGCUUAGCUGGUGGAUUCAUCUUCUUGCGGCCAUGAUCACAGCGUUUUUCCUGAUUGCGCGAGCGUUCCCGCCUAAUCCUGAUAUCCCACCACUUAAUGUGAUUGUCAUCGCCGGCGUGCUUGUUGUGGCGGCGGCGGCGUUCUUCUUUACGAAGUUCCGCGGGCUAAAUCUUGAUGCGCUGGAGAUUUGGAGGGAUGAGUAUCAGCAGCACAGAGGGGAUCGGCCUAUGUGA